CAUCAAGACAAUGAGCCGAACAAACAGGUGAAGCUGCACAGAAACAGUUUAAAGACACCAAGGUGGAGUUCUGGAGUGGCCUUCACCUGCCAGUGUGUGGGUGGAUGAGAGAAGGGCUGCUCUCAUGAGCCCGGUGCACACUGACGGAGCGUGAGCAGGUCUGCAAAGAGGAAGGAGAUAAAACUGCAGGUCCAGCUGUGGCAGACGGACUGAGGCCAGUCCAGAUGUGGUCUGAGGUGCAUCUACUGAGCAGAGACUGGAAGCUACCAGAUACUCAUGCAGUCACUUAUUUCAUAUUUUUAAUUUAUUGACACGACAUGAAAUCGUGUUUUUUUUAAUGAAUUGUUGUGAAAAAAAAAAGAAAAAGUUUGAAUUUAAGACUGCAUAAAUAACAUAUGUAGCAAAAAAUAAAUGGUUUCCUGUAAACAUAGAGAAACUGUUCAAAGCCAGAGGAGGUUAUAACCAGAAGGAAACUAAAGGUGGAGCAGCCUGAUGCUCAGACCAACUUCAAACGUCUGUUCCUAUUGGUGGGGGUUUGGUGGAACAAUUAAACAAAGUGUGAAUAUAAUGAUAAAUCUUUGAGGAGUGGAGAAAGAGGAAGGAGCAGGUAGCCUGUACAGAUGUUGAUGUUGUUCAUUUUGUUCUGAUUCCAGAGCUCGGUUGGAGCAGGUUUGAUGUAUUUCCUGUUUAGUUUAUUGAACUGCAUUUUGCAUUUAUUCAUGGUGAAGGAUGGGGCUGGGACCUGAGCAGCCCGGCUUCCUCCUGUCCCUGUUUGAACCAGUCAAAUGUGUAUUAUACGGGAACUGGCUUUUUAUUUUUUAUUUUUCUUUUCCAUUUGUUUCAAAUAUUUUUAAUCGUUUGUUCGUUUGAAAUAAAGAAUAAAGACACUAAGAACUAAAUUAAAUUGAUCAUGAUUCACUGUUGAAACACAAUAAAAGGGCAAACUGUGCAAAAUGCUUUUCAAGGCAGUGCACACAUGAGACAGGUGUGUCUGGAUGCCAGCCCAGGUCGUCCGGGUGAGCUGAGGUUAGGCCACAUUGUUGUCAUCUGGCAGGAAGAAGGAAGUGAAAGCUCCGGUCCCCUGAGGCCACAGCAGAACCUGCAGCUCAGGAGCAACACGCAUGUCAGCGACAUUCAUACAUGUUCAUGUCCCGUUCUGCCCAGCCUCGGUUCUGCUGGCUGUCCUCCAGACCUGGACGGGUCCAACGGGCUCCGCACAGACUCGGAGCUGCGCGUCCAAGUGUUGUGUAACUUCUCAAGGUGACAGUUGGGGCGGGACUUCCGAGUCUGCGCAGACCAGGAAGCUGUCCUGUUACUUCUCCUCCUCCUGAAGCCGAAGCGGAGACAUAACGGCAGAAACUCCGCGGCGUCAACUUGCUGUAAUCUCCGGCCGGACCGAGACAACCCGCCGCACAGGAGCUCCUCCGCGGCGGCUCCGGUUCUCCGCCGCCGCUUCACCGCCGCUUCACCGCCGGGUGUCCGCGAAGACAUGGGAGGAAGAAGCGGUGUCCGAUGAAGGACCGUGAGAGCUGCUCAGCCCGCUCAGGAGGAGUCCUGCCCUCCUCAUGCUCCUCUCCACCAGCUCCCAGCCUGACCUGUAGCCAUGCACUUGUGAUGAACCAGGACUCCGGCUGCCCGGCCCAUAUCCCGUUCCUAUUGUGUGCAACCAGCGCCCGUCGUUCCUCCUGAGCCUCCCCCUUCCUGAACCUCCGUAUCUCCGCCAUGCUCCGCAAAAGGGGCUCCGUCAUUUUCUGUGGCGCGUUCCUGUUUGUCACCUGGAACGCCAUCCUGGUGCUCCUGCUGUGGGGCAGGCCGCAGCCGGGCCAGCCGGGGGAGGCCGGCCCGGAGCAGGGGGCGGCGGUCGGGAGCCCCUCCUCCGACGUGGUGGGGGACGUGCUCCGGAUGGCGGACACCUUCGAAGCAGAGCUGGAGAGGCAAAAAGAGAUCCUGCUGGAGAUCAAGAACCACCAGUCGCUGUGGGAGCCGUCCAACAGGGACAACCCGAAGGUGGCGGCCCCCCGGCAGCCCGUCAUCCCGGUCCUGGUCAUCGCCUGCAACAGGGUCACGGUGCGGCGCUGCGUGGACAAGCUCCUGCAGCUCCGGCCUUCAGCGGACCGCUUCCCCAUCAUCGUGAGUCAGGACUGCGGGCACGCCGAGACGGCCCAGGUGAUCCGCUCCUACGGGGACAAAGUCACUCACCUGCAGCAGCCGGACCUGUCGGACAUCGCCGUGCGGCCCGAGCACAAGAAGUUUAAGGGCUACUACAAGAUCUCCAGACAUUACCACUGGGCCCUGAACCAGGUGUUCCGGACCCUGUCUCACUCCUCGGUGGUGAUCGUGGAGGAUGACCUGGAGGUGGCGCCAGACUUCUUUGAGUAUUUCCAGGCCAUGCUGCCGCUGCUGAAGUCUGAGCCCAGCCUGUGGUGCGUGUCGGCCUGGAAUGACAACGGCAGGGACGGCUACGUGGAUCCUGGCAGAGCUGACCUGCUCUACCGGACCGACUUCUUUCCAGGCCUCGGGUGGAUGCUCCUCAAGGAAGCGUGGGAGGAGCUGGAGCCCAAGUGGCCCGCCUCCUUCUGGGACGACUGGAUGCGGCAGCCCGAGCAGCGCCGCGGCCGCGCCUGCGUCCGGCCGGAGGUGUCACGGACCCUGACGUUCGGCCGGCAGGGCGUGAGCCUGGGCCAGUUCUACGACAAGUACCUGCGUUACAUCAAACUGAACACCGAGUUUGUGCCUUUCACCAAGUUAGACCUGAGUUACUUGAAGGAGGAGACGUACAGACAGAACUUUGAGAAGGAGGUGUACAGCGCUCCCGUGGUGACCUUUGAGGCCGUGAAGCAGGGCCAGCUCACCGGACCGGGGCCCUUCCGCCUCCAGUACUCAAGUAAGGAAAGUUUCAAAAUGAUGGCCAAAAACCUGGGCAUCAUGGAUGACUUGAAGUCUGGAGUCCCGAGAGCAGGUUACAGAGGAGUCGUCAGCUUCAUGUCCAGAGGACGGAGGAUCUACCUGGCCCCGCCCCCAGGAUGGAGCCGCUACGACCCCACCUGGAGCUGAGGGUCCAGGCGGUGGAGCAUUCCAGACCAAAGACGACCAGGAUGGAGGACGCAGAAUGGGCUGUCCCUCUCUGAUGUAGCUCUUCUUGCCAAUGUUACUCAGGUCUUUUUCAUUAACCCAAAUGUUUCUUACAGUGUAGGACGCAGCCUGGACCGUUUGUUAGACAAAUCUGCUGUAAUUCACCAGAGAUCUAUUUUUGAUAUGAUGCUAAUUGUGCACAUGAUGUUCAUCAAUGCAUUCAAUGCAACUGCCUAGUUUGCCACUUUAAAUGAUCUGGUCGUCUGUGUGACCUGUUUACGUCUGGUAUAAAUGAGGAAACAUGAUGUGGUGCUGUGGUGUCGCUGGGUGGUCAUAGCUGCAGCAUCAUCUCUCAUUCUGUCUGAUUCUGCUCCUCUCUGUUGUCUGUCACAUGAUUUUGUUUGAUUCUGCGCUGUAGUGCUCUGCAGGUUUGUUACCUUGCAAACUGCUACACUUGUGUAUUUGUAUAUUUUUGGAAUAAAAGGUAAUGCACAGUU